AUGCCGACAAAUGUCCGUGCAAGACCGAUGCAAUGGUUUAAGCAGCAGACCAUACGACGAUACUACUUCCCCGCCUUCCCCGUUACCCCUCAACUUCACGUUAUCGCCAUGAUAUUCACGUCACCUCGCCCUCCACUAGACAUCCCGAAGAAGGACAUCCUGUCCUACAUGUUCGGUAUGCUAUUCAUUCGAGGACAUCGCAUCCUGUGUCAUAGCUGA